AUGUUGUUACCAAUUUUUCACUUGUUUGCUGCGGGAAUUGAUACGUAUGUGAUGUGGUACGACCAGCAUUAUGUGGAAUUACCUGUACACAAUGAACUUCUUAAAGACUUGCCAUUGAAAUCUCGGUCUUUGUUCUUAACCAUUUGGUGCCUUAUAAUGCAAAUUGCCUACCACACCAUCGCCUUCCUGAACGAUAUAUUCGGAUCAAACGACCCAUCGCCAAAGAAGAAACCUCUGAUACGGUUGAUAAAAGACACGCUCUUCAGUCUCGCAUUUCCGGUUGCAAUAUACGUGUCCGUAGCAUUCUGGAGCAUUUAUGCAGUAGACAAGGAUCUAAUAUUCCCAGAUUCCGUAGAGAAAUUAUAUCCGACCUGGAUGAACCAUGUCAUGCACACGACGGUUUCGAUUUUUAUGUUCUUGGAGCUUUUAAUGACAUACAGAAACUAUCCCUCAAGAGCUGUUGUCAACAAGACGCCAAGCUUAAGAAACGCUGACAGUGCCGAAAAGAGCAGUAUAUCCAUUGUAACAGGGAGUUUAGUAAAAUUAGUUACCUGA